UCCCCAUCGAACCAAAGCUAGUUCCAAUUCCAUGGCUCGCCGUAUCGCGCUUGUCAUCGUCGCCGCCUUCUCGGCCGCGUUCGGCGGCCUCGACUCCCUCGAGGAGUUCCUCGCCUCGCGGGGCCAGACCCCACCAAGCCACGGCGCCGCCGCCGCCGCUGGUGCGUUCCUCCUGGCCACCGUGGCAACCUUUGCGCUCGCUUCGGCGCUCCUGCUGGCGCACGUCCGCGCGCUCGGUGCCCACGCCCACGCGACCGGCGCCAGUGGAGCAGAGAACGGCUUCGCCACGGGCCGCCUCGCUGCGGCGACGCUCGCUGCGGCCGCGGCGGUCCUUGGCGUCGGAGCCGCGCUGCGCCUCGUUGCGUAGGCUCACGGCGGAUCGGCUCCACUCUCCAGAGUCCAGAUGAAAUGCCUAUUGGCUUGCUCCCGGAGGAGAUGGAGAAUCUGGAGACCCACCACAGUAUCAAGGAUACGUAACUCUGCUGCAUUUUUUAGUAAGGUUGGAGUGGUCAGGUUUGCUGCUCUUCAGCCUCGUCCUGCGAGGAGCCGUCAGUUGCUUUGGUUGCAUAAUGGGCAGUUUUCAGUACUUCAGGUGCCCUUUUCAGCUUCGUCCUGGGAGCAGUCAAGUUUUUUGGCUGUGUUUCUUUCGGCCUUGCAAAUAUAUAGGGAUUGGGUUUCAUCGGAUUACUGUAGGAUCUGUACUGGCUCCGAUCCUGCACAGUUUUGAUGAAAUUCCGACAUUAUUAAACAGUUAACUAGUGUCGUUUUGUGCUUGAAAUCGUUAUGCUGUGAACUGCAAUGGUUCCCAUAGUUGACAUUUGAGGGAAUGAUUUUUGGCUCUGAAGAAAAUUCCUUGUUUCCUCUCUUCGUGCAGCUGGAACUUGGAUCUUGGAGUGGACUUGUCAUGUGAUUCUUUCUUUAUUUCCUACUACUAGUAGUACUUUCUUUUUGUUGGCAACGUUUUUUUUUAUGCUCCAGGUACCUGAAUUUUAUGACUAUUUGGUCUGCCUUUUCUUCUUCAUUUGUUCUCCCCAGAAAUCCAAGCAUUUUGUGUGGUGGGGAAUGGAGAGUGGAGACUUCUUCAAUUUUCCUAUGGAACUCUGUUCUACAGGUCUCCAAAAUUCAGCCUUCAGAUGCCUGAAUUGGAUUGCACCAUCUUCCACUCGUAGGAUCAAGGACACCGGAAAACAAAGUGAAAGGA